AUGAACACUACCGCUGUCUUUCCGGAGGUAGUUGUUGAUUUGGACGGGCAUUCCAUUAAUAUUAAAGAACUUGCCAAACAACAUGUGUUAAUUUUAAUUACACUUAAGGCAGGGUGGUGCCCCGUGUGCCCACAACUUUUGCGAAUUUUGAAUAUUUAUGGAUUGCAAGAUAAUCCGCCAGAAACUUUUCAGGAUCCUUUCAACGGAUCUAUCAUAGCGCAAGUUCCUCCGGAAGACCUUCCAACUGACGCAUACUUUAUAAUUGUUUGUCCCGGCCCUGCUGACGAAGUACGUCGGAUACAAGAACUUUGUAACUUCUCAAAAUAUUCAUAUCCAUUUAUCGUAGAUGAGAACCUUUCGCUUGCGUCACAAAUUGAACUUAGGAUGUCGCGUACAGAAAUAAUGCCAUUCAUCGGGCAUAUAUAUCCAGAAACACGAAUGGUUUUCCCCAUAAAUUGGGGGCGUGGCCCUGGGAUUUAUGGUCAUGAUAAAUUGUUGAAGUAUUUAUAUGACUAUCGGUUUCAAGUCGAAAAUAACGCGGCUAAGCACGUAUCUGAGGCAAAAGAUUUAGAAGCACCUUUUAAAAAGGUGACAGAUACCAUAUUAUCUAUAGGAAGCCUGGAAAAUAGGACGUUGCAGAAACAGAUAUUUCCUAUAGAGCUAUUCGCACAAGUAUUUGAGCACAUUGAAUCAAAAGAAAUGAUGAAAACAGUGAUGGCUACAUGUAGACAGUGGAGAGCAAUUGGAUUUGAUUUAAUAGCUAUGAGAAUGAGACAAACAGUGAGUCAUGUGUUAGAAUCUCUUGUUGCAUAUCCUCAAACAAUUCGAUUACCAGCAGACAAUAAGGCUAUAAGUGUUUAUGAGUUGGGCUUGCUCAUUAAGGAUUUGAAUAUAAUAACUAAGAUUGUUCGGCGACUUGCUGCCCAGGCUUAG